AUGCAUCAGUUUCAAUUAAACGAGCAACAAACUCACAAUCAAUUGGUUGAACACUAUUAUAUAGAUCCAUCACAAUGUUUCGGUAAUAAUAUAGAUCUACAACGAUUGGAUAACAAUCAAAUACCAUAUCCACAAUCUUAUACGGAUCAAUCGGCUUAUCAGAAUCAAAUAUCAUAUUCACCAUUAUCUUAUAUACCAUAUCCACCAACUUAUACGGAUCCACAUACUGAUAUGGAUUCAAAAUUAUUCGAUAAUAAUCAAUUACAACAACCUGCACUAAGUUUUCAAUUCAUAAAUUACCCAAGUACAGAGACAUAUCUUUCUAACGAACAACAGGGUCAUACGACGCCACAGUCCGAAUAUAGUCACACUUCUAAUGCAUGCCACUCGUGUCGUAAAGCAUAUAUAAGAUGUAAAAAAGAGAACAAGGAUUCUACUUCUUGCCAAAGGUGUAUUAGAGCGGAAGAGUUAUGUAUUUUUGAUAAAAAUCCGGGAAAAAGAGGUCGCAAACCUGGUAUCGGAAAUAAACCUAAGGAAAACAAAACAGAAAACCGUGAUAUCAAUUCUGCUGAUAAUACUGUCAAGGUUAUUAAACAAUGUCGCCAUGGAAACAAUGAAAUAGUGGCUAGUAUUUUGACAUCUGCUUUUAAUGAUGGUAAUGGUGAUGACUUGCAAGGAGGUAAUUGUUUGCAACAACUGGCGAAUGGCUAUGCUUUACCAACCUCAACUUAUAAUCAUCAAACCAAUGAUCAGCAACGAUCAAAUUGGGGGGAUGAGUAUGUCGCGGAACUUAUGCAAACAUUAGGUACUAAUCAAACCAAUAAUAAAAAACUUUGGUUCAAUGAACUUGAUUCCACCGAUCCUCUUGCAUCAUCAAUAAUAUCUCUCAUCCUUUCCAAAGCUCAAUUUACAAUGGAAGAAUGGGAGCCGAUGAAAAAUACAGUUGAUAUCCUUUAUCAUGCUAAAGAUUUUGAAAUUAUGAUUUCCAAAAACAACAUUGAUGAAAUUUAUUGA